GCAGCAGAUGUUUCUCAGAAAAGGAAUAAAUAACACUUAUAUUUGUGCUUGCCAUAGAUCUGCGAAUCGCUAUGUUUAAAGGCUCUAGCUUGUUACUCUUUCUGCUACAGUUGCCUUUAUCUUACAUGUAAUCAUAUCGGAGCAGCAUGGAGCUGUAUAUCUACGUUCUGCUUAUUUUCCUAAACAGGAUUCAAGGAAACCUCUCGCAGGAUGGAUGUAAACACAUGGUACUAAGGAGGCUCGAAGGAAAAGCUCUCAACAAUUUCGUUUUCAAGAAAAUGAAAACAGACCAAGACUUCUGCAAAGCUCUUUGUUACAUGGAUGAUAGAUGCUUGUCAAUUAAUUAUAUCACUGAGAAUCAAACCUGUGAGUUGAGUGAAUCAGAUCACGUGAUCAGUCCAGAACACUGGGUAGCCAGGCCAGGAUCAGUGUAUUACAGAGCUGAGAACAACUGCAGCUGCUCUGGUAAUGAGACAUGCCGUUAUAAUUAUGAACUGAACUCAUUCCAAUGCACAGCAA